AAUAGCGAGAGAGAAACGCUUUAAAACAUAAACUAUCGCGGAACGAUUCGCCCGAUUAUAGGACACGCGGUGCUGGCGAAUUCGAAUUUGUCGAAACGGGAAAAAAGCGAAAAAGGCUGAGAGGCCAGCGCAAAAUCGAAGAAAAAACUGUGAAUUUCAUUUCUACAAUUUACUGCAAUGUGCUAGUAAACGGAACCGAAGAAAUUGAUUAAUUCUACGAGAAAGCCAACAACAAAACGGAAAUAAAAGAUAAACAAAGAACCUGUGCGUGUGGAGAAGGGAGAUGACAAGAAGGAAAAGUGCAACCCAUAUAAGUUAUAUAACAUAGAAGCCUAAAUCAAAUCCUUAGUUAACCAAAAUCACCGAAAUAUUUUCAUAAUCAAUAAGUAAAUAUUUUAAGUGUGUGCCGCCAUCGUCUUCUCUAAAGUCAAAGUCCAAUCUUUUUAAAAACGUUACUUAAAAUAUUGAAAUCAAAUCGAAUCGAAUCAAUUUGGAAUUGAAUCGAUUAACCGAUUAACAGCUGUGCUGUACACAUGCACCACCUGUGUGUGUCUGAAGGGGUGCGCACGUGUGUGAGUGUUUCGUGGCAAGAAAUAUAAUACACCCAGUAUAAAUUUAAACAAAAUAUUUAACAAAAGGAAAAAAAAUUAAACAAAGCCAGGCGCUAGAUGGCGCUGUCGCUGCCAAAGCCAGCUGUGCUCAGUGUUGUUGGUGUCCCACACACCACUACUAAUACUACUAAGAUUGUUGUGGCUGCCGCUAAUAAAACGCGGAAAGGCAAAUUAUAAUAGCAUCCCCUAAAUUAAUUUCAAUUUAUUAGCCUAGCCCCAAAACCAAAUCAACUCCCCAACAACUACACAAACGGAAAAAAAAAAUAAGAAAAGAAAAGCCAAGUAGAAAUAAACAAGAGUUUCGCGUUACUUACUGUUGUCGGUUCAAACUGCUUCGCGUCGUGAUCGUCGCGAUCGUCGCUAGUCCUCGUAUCGGAUCGGAACGGAACGGUAUAUAGUACGAUAUAGUGCGGUGUACGUAUCGGAUCGGAUCGGAUCAGUUGGCAGUCGGUGGCACCUGACAACGCAACGCAACGUUUAGACUAAACCUAACCGCUAUUAUGCAUCGGUGUCGUGCUAAAAUCGCAUUCGAAUUGGCGGGCAAGCAGCAGAAGCAGAAGCAGGAACAACAACUGACAGCUAACUAGCCAAAAUAAUUCAAAUAAAACCAUAAAAACAAAAACAACUAGACAAGCAAAAAAAAAAACUAAUUAAAUAAACCCUAGUUUAUAUCGAAACAUUUUUCCGUGGCCCAAAUAAUCCAAGAAUCGUCAGCAAUCCUGGAUUAUUUGCUAAAGACUUUGCGGACGCUGAAAUCCAAUUCGAUUAUGGCCGAGAAUCAAAGUGCGGCCAGCGAAGAUUCGGGUCACCAACAGCAACAGCAGCAGCAGCAUCAGCAGCCUCCACUAGCCAGCACCUCCUCAUCAGUCAACGCAGCCAGCGCAGCAGCAUCGACUUUAGUUAAUCAGUCGCCCACUAACUCGCAGGCAUCUUCGCCGGAAAACUCACAGGAAGCCCUGCCCCUUGUGCGCCGCCAGCAAUCACCAGCAGCGACUGUUGCAGUAGUCGCCACCGGUAGCAAUACCCCGCAGCAGCAGCAACAGCAGCGCAGCAGCCUCAGCAACAUGUUUGAUCGCACGGUUAAUGCCAAGUUCAAGACAUCGGCUGCCAAUGCUGGACCUGGACAAAAUCCUGGGCGCAGGAACUCCAUGCUGACACCCGCCAAAGGAGCCAGUGUAGGCGGCACUGGCGGCAACAUACGCAAGCUGACCAAGGUGAAUUCGCUGACCAGAGACUAUGCCAUGUGCUAUGGCCCCAACAUUUACCAGAACAGCAACAACGCCGGCAGCAACGCAUCAACCCUUCAGCGUACCACUAGCGAAAGUUUAAGGUUAAACUCACUUAAGAGUGUAACCCGGGCCAGCAGCAACACUAGCCUGCCCACGCCUACGGCCAUGUCCACCUCCACAUCGCUGGCACCCAAGUCCAGCAGCAGCAGUGGCAGUGACAGCAAUGCAACCCCACAGCAGCAGCAGCAGCAGCCGGCUAGCGGCAACAGCCGCAGCCGUGGGAGCAGUGGUGACAAGGCCAGUUCACCCAACAACAAUGGGGCACGCGCUGUGGGCGGAGCAGCAGCAGUAGCAGGUCCAGCAGUAGGCAUAGGAACUGCCAGCCAUCACCAUCAGCCACAUCACCACCAUCAUCACCAUCAUCAUCACCAGCAUCACCACCACCAACAGCAGCAUCCGCACCAGACUAGCCUCAGCCAGGGACACGCCUCGUUGACCGUCGCCGGCAUAACUAGUGGGGCCUCUGGUUCCGGAUCUAGCGGCGGCUCUGGUGCCGGCACCACCACACGCAAACCAAAGACGACUUCCUCAUUCGAGAUCACCUCGGUGACCGUAGGUCAUCCGAAGCUAAAUGCUGCCGGCGAUACGGGAGACGAGUCGGCCGAUGAUCUGGACGAAUCUCACACGGAUGAUAACAGUCGGAUAACGGAUCUGGAGAACGAGACGCCCUCAAUGUCGGAGGACACGUUCUCCAAGGAGGAGGUCUACUAUGCCAACAAUGCACUCAGCACGAAUGCCCCGGUGAUCCCGACCAGUUCCCAGUACGGUCUGGUGGUUGUGGAUCCCAUUGGUCCCUCGCUUGGCCAGACCAUUCAAAAUGUGCAGGUGAACGUGUCGGAUAAUAUCAUCAAUGUGGUGAGUGCCGCCGUUACUCCCGGUGGCACCAAGAAGAAGGACGACAUCAAGGAGACGCAGCAUCGCAGCGAGCGGUUUAAGGUGGUCAAGAUCGAGUCCACGGAGCCGUUUAAGCGGGGUCGCUGGAUGUGCAUGGAUUACCUGGACCACUCCAGCGUGGGCAGUGGUAAUAACAACGAAAAGACUGGUUCUUCUUCCGAGGCCACAACGGAUGGCGUUGGUGGGUCAGAUGCCCCGCCACAAAAGACCACCCAGAGCAUGAUCCUGCCGCCAACCCAGAAACUCAACGAGAAUCACCUGGAGGCCAACUCGACCGAUGCCAAUUGGAACUAUGCGGAACAGCAGUCGCAGCAGCAGCAAUCGUCGCAGCAGCAGCACCAGCAACACUCGCAACAGCAGCAGCAAUCCUCGCACCAGCAGCAACAGCCACAGAUGAGUGCCACGCCCAGUGGGGUGAUGACAGCGCCGGCCACAGUGGUGCAUGGGAUGCACCAGCUGCACAUGGAGGCCCAGCAGCAACAGCAGCAGCAGCUCUUUGACAGCGUUAAUGCCAAUGCUAGCUCCCCCAAUCCCCAGUCCGUGGACACCGGCAACAUGGGCUAUGCUCUCACGGCGGCCAUGCAGCUGCAGCAGACGUUGCAGCAGUUGAAGCAGCGCGAGGAGGCCAUGGAAUCGGGCUAUCAGAAUGGCGGCGAUGUUGCUGCGCCCAACAACAACAACAGCGGAGGAGGAGGAGGUGGUGGACCACCAGCAACAGCAACAACAGAAUCGCAGCUAAGCACCAGCUAUGUGGAGCAGCAGCAACCACUAUCGCCGGUCCCACAGACACCUCAGAUCACGCCGACAUUCGCAGCUGUGGCUGCCGGGCAAGCAGCCCCCAACUUCCAACUGGAGCAGCAGCAGCAGCCUCAAGCCACAUCCCAGAUAGAUGGUAUACUUCCACAGUCAUUUCCCCAACAACAACACCAGCAACAGCAGACCCCACAGCAAUCGACACCACAGCAACAAGCCCCACCAGUAGCAGCAGCAGUAACGGCAGCUUCAGCAGGAGCAACUGCAGCAGCAGCCCCUGCAACUCAGCAACAGACUUCAAACACUUCCAAUGCAGCGGUGACCACUGGCCAGGGUCAGACAUUGCCGCUGUUAUCACACAUGACCAGCUACGAGCAGCAGCCAUCAGUAGCCGGAGCAGGAGCAAGUGCACCAGGAACAGGCACAGCAGCAUCAACGGCUGCUGUUGCCCCACCAGCGAUUCCCACGCUGCAUUUGCAAAGUGCUCCUGCCACAAUUGCCGAUCCCCAGCAGUUGAUGGUGCCGCAGCAGCAACAGGAUGAACAUCAGCAGCAGCAACAACAACAGAUUCCGCCAACAAAUAUCGCGAGUGCUAGUGCCAAUAAUAGUAAUCUAAACCUAACGAAUCCGAAUGUUGUGGCCAACGCAGAGCCAACGAAAAACGCGCUGACCUUGACCGAUGAACAAGUGAACGCCGCAACAACAGCAACAGGAGCUGCAGCAAAAGCCGCACCAGGAGCCACAUCGACAACAUCAGCAAUGCAGCUACAACAGCUACAACAGCAACCAAAUGCAGAAUCCGAGACUGAAAGUGCAUCUGGAACAAGUGCAGUUGCGAUUGACAACAAAAUCGAACAGGCAAUGGAUCUGGUCAAGUCGCAUCUCAUGAUUGCGGUGCGCGAGGAGGUGGAGGUUCUAAAGGAGCGCAUCUCCGAGCUAAUGGACAAGAUCAGUAAGCUGGAGGUGGAGAAUAGCAUUCUCAAGUCGAACAUACCGCCGGAGACACUGCAGCAGAUCCAGAUGCAGCUCCAAAUUGCUGGCAGUCAACAGCCGGCAGCAGUGGCCGCUCCCCCGGCCACGCCAGCCAUCCAGGCACCGCCGACUUCUGCCCCAACUGCCGCAGGACAGGCAGCAGCAGCAGUAGCUGCGGCGGCGGCAGGUGCCGUCUCAGCUGUGGUGGUGGGCAACACCGGAGCACCGGUUGUUGCCACUAGUCCAGCGUCCACGGCGGCGCCCACGAGCAUUCCCAAUGGCAGCGCCGAGAAUGGAUCCGUCUCGGGGGUUAGCAGCGGCAACAACAGCGAUGCUUCGGUGGUGGAGCAGGUUACAGCGGCGGCAGUGGCAGCAGGAGCGGUACCCACAGUCAACGGACCCAUGUCCUAAGCUGGGCCAGGCUCACGUAACUCGGUAGUGUUUGUUUUUUAACGCCCACUCGGCUGGGUUUGAAUAAUGAACGUCGUUUUUUAUAAGAAUGAAAACACCUUGUAAUGUUAACUCAGCUUUGUCCCCUUCUAACUCGCUCGAAAAACAUGAUGAUGAUGAGGGAGAUGGCGACGAAGCCGAGGAGAGCAGCGAAAGUAUUAGGCCACAGAGUAGCAACAACAACAACAACAGCAACAGCAGCAAUAACAGCCAGUUUACAGUGGCUAACCAGCGGUUAAAUCUGCCUGUUAUGUUAUUGCUGCUGGUUGUUAAUGAUGUUUGAGCUGUGUUGAGCUGCUGCAGCCGCCGUUUUGUUAAUUUCUCGAUUGUGAUAUUUGUUUAACACACACACACACCUACACCUUCAGACACACACACACAUACAUCAAUAAACACACACACACAGAUAGACUGCACGCUAACAGCGACUGCGGCUGGCGCUGUUAACGUUUGCUGUUAACUCGCGAUUAGGAGUUUAAUAUAUUUUUUAACAUUGCGCUGCUGCGCUGUUCCUCUUAUUUUUUUGUUUAAUACUUUUUUAGUUUUGUUUAACCGUUUGUUUCCGUGUUGUUAACGCUACGAAUAAAAACAUGUAAAGCAUAAAAACACACACACAUAACCCACAUAUAAAUGUACUGGCUUUCGAAAUAAUACUUGCGGAAAGUAGAAUUUUAGCCAUGAAAAUCAAAGGGAUAUCAGAGAAAGAAAGAAAGAAAGAAACCGGCAGCAGAAAUACAAAAAUAAUAGAGAGUGCUUGGGAAAAACCAGAAAUCAGGAGGGAAAUUAAAUGAAAAACAUGUGAUAAUUUGCAUUGUGCAGUCAGAGACAUAAGAUGUAAAUUGUAAAAAAAUGGCAAAAAAACAGAGAGAACGGGGCAGAGGAUAAAAAAGGAUAACCCAAUUUCCAAACACAACUAACUAUGAUCGAUAAAUACAAAUAAUCAAUGAAAUACAUGCAAAAGGCCAGCUGCUAUUUUAUAAUUUACUUUUAACUCUUACUUUUAUUGUGUAAAAAGAAAAAGAAAAACCAAGCAAAGCAAAAGGAACACAGCAAAUAUUAGUUACAUCAUAUAAAUAUGCAUGUUUCAAAUUUAAACAAAACACGUAGAAAAUUGUAGUAAUUCUAGCAUAUUUUCAAGCUAUAUAUUUUUAACAACACAAGAAAACAUAUUGUAAAGCUAUGAAAGAAAAUCGAAAAAUGAACAAGAGGAACCACUCGAAAACCAAACAAAAUGAAAGCUUAUCGUAAUUGUUUGUUAAAGUCUUAAAGCAUCUGCAAAAUACCUGUAAAUAUUGUGUAAAACUAUCUAAAAAAACAAACAAAAGAACACACACUUCCAAAGUCACGAUGUGCAGAUCCCAUGAAAAACGAAAAGCAAAAAUUUGUAAAAUGAUGAUUAGAAUUCUUGUCCUAUUAUUCUUUGUUGUAUCUCGUAUUUAGUUGAUAACUCCUCAUAUUAAUCUUAGUUUGGAAAGCUCCCCAAAUGCUUAUACGAAAUCUGUUAUAGGAUUUUUUUUCCCCCAUUAUCCUUGUUUGUGCCCCCAUCCCCAACGCACUCUACACGACCGACAAAUCCUAAAAACUUGUAUAACUAUAAGUCAAACAAUGUAAAACUGCUGCAGCCAUGAAAUGAAAGUGUUGACAACAUGAAGGAAGAAAUCUCUCUGAAGGAGAUUAGAGGAGCUGUGUCCCUCGGUCCGAAGUUGACGGCCCCGUAGACGCCAAGUUUUGUGCUCAGCCAAGGUGUGAACUCACUCAUGGGGAAUGCCAGGACACACAGGAUCCGGCCCCAGAGGCACACGAGCAGCCUGCGGAGACUUUGAUUGUCUAAGGCUUGCCUGGCAAAAUACACAAGAAAGAAUAUAAAGAAGAGCUACAAGAAAGCUACGAACUAAGUGAAGUAGAGCCAAGUAUAAUACUCCAAACUGAAGAGCACAAAACUAGCUGUCUACGCGGCUCAAUCAACGGAAGGACAGAGCGACGGACAGACGGACAAACGGACAGAGAGACCACAAACUAUAAUGCCAUCCCCCCUGAACCCCAUAGUAAUUCUGUUGAUAGUAUUUCCCUUUUAUGAUUUGUAUUCCUAUGCAAAACCAUCUUCUUCAUGCGCUUCAUGUUUAGUUUUUUUCUCCAUUGAGUUAUACUAUUUUAAGUAUCUUUUUAAGCUAACUAUUAAUUUAUUAAUUAGUUCGUAAGUGAGGAAACAAUUCAAAUAAAUUUAAACGAAAUAACUGCAAA